AUGCGUCGUUGUGGACCCCGCCUGCAAAGCGCGACCAAGAUGGAGGCCGACCUUCAGGACUUUUUCGGCGCGAUGGAUACGCUUCUCCUCGACUGCGGCGCGGAGUUGACCGCCACGAGGCUCAGUCUGGAGUUCAACAUCGGUUCAGCGCUUGCCGCCAAGCUCCUGCGCCUGUACGUACACGACAAAGUGAAGCGGAAUAAACCUGCGGCGGCGGACGCCGGCUCGCGCCUGCUGUUGAGAUUCGCCGCUGCACUCGGCGGUCGCGCAGGGGAACACCACGCCGUCUCCCCAGUCGUGAUGGAUCUUGCUGACAAUCGCGCCGCCUCGGUGAGGGUGCCGCCGGAGCCGUGGUGUCUGUACAGCGUUCUACGCGUGCCCCUCUCCGCGGAAGCCCCUCCGCCUGCAACGAAGCUCGCGCAGUGGCAAGCGGAAGUCCGCGCACUCGUGCCGCGCUUCUCCGCCGCACUAUACGUGCCGCCGUUCGCAGCCAUUUGCCAGGCAGGCCUCGCCCCGCGCACGCAUCGCUGCGCAGGAGGCCCCGCAGCGUCGCCAGCCGCAGCAAAGUCAUCCGCGGCGUCUGAAUGCAGCCAGAAAGGCGCGCUGUCUGCUUCAGCCGCGCCGGCGGCUGCGCCUGCGACGCGGCAGUCGGCUUGGGCGCCCGCAGCUCCGCAGAACGAGGCGGAGAAGGCGCCUGCAGCAGGCGGCAAAAAGGGCGCUGCCACGCAUGCCGCAGGGAGCUUGCUCGCGCGCUUCGGAUUCGGCAGAAAGAAAGAAGCUGAUCCGCCGAAGCGCGCGCAGGCCGCGCCGGAAGCCGCCGGCGAGAAGGCGAAGAUGGCCGCGAUGGAGCCCGCUGGCCCCGAGGCGAGCAGUCAGGCGCCGCAGGCGGGGGAACGCAAGCGCCCGCUGGAGGACGCGGGGUCACGGGAGGGGGAAAGCGGCGGCGACGCUCCGCAAGAGAAGGAGAGUGGCGAGGAGUGCGCGAAGAAGCGAGUCAGGCGAGCGUCCGCCUAUGCUGACGAAGAGAAAAGGGGAGCAGACGCCGCGACGCGCGAGUUGCCGCAGGCCGGCGGCCGCCUGAGCGCCGGGGAACGUCUCUUCGACGAUGGCGAGGGAGAAGAGGAGGAAGCCUUCGAUGCGGACAUGGAUAGCGCCGGCUGCAGAGGCGCUGCGUGCACCGUCGCAGAGGCGCGAGACGGCUGCGAGGACGAAGAAGAACCCCGAGAGGACGGGGAGGAAGGCCGCGGCGCGCGCGGGACAGAGACAGAGAGAGGCCGCGCGCACCGAGGCGCGCACAAGAAGGCGGUGUUGCAUCACGCUGCCGAGGAGAUGUAUGUCGAGGAGAAGAAAAUCAUCCUCAAAGAAAAGGCAGUUGAAACGCGGACGUAUCGCGAAGGUGAUUACCUCGUGCUGCAAGAUGAGGACGUGGUGAAGGACAAAGAGGUCACUGUCCAUACACUGCGUUCCAGCCAAGCCAGCCGCGCGACGAGCGAGAGUUCCUUCGCGUCGAAGCACAGUUCAAGCAGCGAGUCGAGCGGCGCUUCGCUGCGGAAACCCGGCGGAAAGACGAGUCUCGCAGGCGCGCCGAAGAAAAAACAAGGCAGCCUCAUAUCUCGCGGCAAACCUCCGAAUGAUGCGUCCCUCUAUCCUGGCAGUCACUCGGGCACGCUCGGGGCCACGCGUUCGCCUCCUUAG